AGACCCGAUGCGUGAGUAAAGACAUACGAAUGACCCCGUUUUUCAUAAACUAAUCUUCACUUAUCCUUGUUGUGUGUUUUAGUUUUGUCUGCUCCCAUCCGAUGUACGUCUCUGCUUUGAGCUCUACUACAGAUAUCAAGACAAUGGAAACAGGAAUCAAGAAGGAACCUCUUAACGUGCUAGAAUACGGGGUGCAAGCCACAGACACCUCCGUAGAGAACCGCUACCCCAACCUCUACCCAGGCUACGAUCAGCACUGCUACACAACUGUAGCUUACCCGACCUCGCACCAGGCCACGGUCUACACCGCUCCACCUUUCUCCAGGUGUGCUCGUCCACUGUCUCCCUGCACUCUCCGUCCCACCACCUCAUCUUGCAGCAACACCACCUCUCCUGACAACACCACUACCCCAACAUCCACCACCCCUCGCUGCUCAAUGUCUCCUAUUAAUAUUAGUCAGGCUGCUGCUCCCCGGCCUUGCAACAACAUCUCUCCCUCCACCACAGCCCCGAGGAACAUCUCCAUGCCUGCAGAUACCACCACUCUCCACACUUCACCUGACCAGACUGUCGAGGAGAAAGCAGAGCACUCUCCAACUGCAGGUAAAACAGUUGCGUGGUACUCGUGGGUUGAAAACAAGAAACUGCCGAAAAAGGGCGAAAUUAUUAAGAAAGAGGACGAUGUAAGACGAGAAGUUGCGAAGAAGGAGAAACGAGUGAGGACGAUAUUCUCGAUAUCCCAGCUAUUCCGCCUAGAACGACGAUUCAAUGCUCAGAAGUACCUCAGUGCUUCCGAAAGAGCUAGACUUGCUUACUCUCUACAGCUAACUGAAACUCAGGUUAAAAUUUGGUUCCAGAACCGCCGAGCCAAAUGGAAGAGGGAGAUGGCCCAGAAAGGUAUUGACACCAACCAGCAGACCAUCAACAUUCCCAUUACCUUUUUAGACAGCCACCUGGACAGUGACCUAUUCGGGGGGUACGGGGUACCACUCUCCACUGGGAACAUGAUGCCUGGACACGGUAUCCACGGCUACCACCAUCCCCAUCUCCAACACCCUCUAGCUAACAAUGCUCUGGUCAACUACCCUCAGUCUCACAGUCAGUUCGGAGCCACUCUACCCACCAUGGCUGGUAACGGGCCCCUCUACUCCACUGUCCCUGGAUUCCCUCAACAAAUGGCCCAGUGUCGGUCCCAAUACGGGACGGUCCAGCGAUCACCUCUCUCCUGAAUAGGCUGCAACGGUCACUGACCGCCAACAAUUCUCCGUACCCUGCACUGGAAGAUAGAGACCACGUAGCUCAGAUUGUUGACAAACCUUGUACAUUUACUGUGACGUCACACGUGACUAUGACGUCAUCAAUGUUUAUGACGUCAUCAGUAGCUAUGACGUCACUGGUCACCACGUCUAACGCGUCCGCGACAAACUUUGUCCUGGUCCUUGAGACUGAAUUUCAGACUAAUGACGAAUUUCGGUCGCUCAAUGAACUGAUUUAGAGAAAGUGAUUCUUAUUGACAACAGUUUGACGUAAGAAAUGUAUAGUUUAAUUAUUUAAUUGUCUUAAUUAAUAUUUUAAGAUCAUUUUAGACAAUUGUAUUUUAUUAUCAUUAAUCAUUAUCUUUAGUUAGGUUUUAACUUUUAGUUGUUUGCUUUUCAUAUUUAAGAAUGGUAUUCAUGCGGAGGAAUUCAGUGAAUUUUGCCCAAACUUCUAACGAUUGUGAACAUGAACAAUAUGGCACUGUGGUGGUUUCGGUUAUGCUUCUGCUACUUUUCAUUAAAGCAGCUUAAAUCUCAAGAAUGUUCUUAACGUAAGAUUACUCGGAAAAUGGCGUUAAACAGAUAUUAAGUUCAAGUUGGGAUAUCUAGAAAUCUAGCUUUAAAAUAUUGAAGAUUGUCUUGUCAUGUCACAUGUUUUCGUCUUAAAUUCUGAAAUUCACAAAUAA